AUGGCUUCCAUCAUCACUCAGCUUCCUUGCGACGGCGAAGGUAUCUGUAUGGUCUGCAAGACCACGCCGUCGGAGGCGGAGAUACUCACAUGCAGCACUUGCGUCACUCCUUGGCACGUGUCCUGUCUUUCAACCCUGCCGGAGAAUCUCCAGUCCACGAUUCAAUGGGAGUGUCCCGAUUGUACCGCGCCGCCGGCCGACGUCAACCCUGUCUUGAAUGCUGGCCCCUCUAAUGGACUAGUAGCUGCGACUCGAGCUAUUGAAGCCGAUUCGACCUUAUCGGAAACUGAGAAGGCGAGGAGGAGACAGCAGCUUUUGAGCGGAAAGACAGAUUUGUCAAAUGGAGAGACAGAGAAAGGGAAGGGGAGUUCUGGUCGUACUGUUGAAGAUAUUUAUGUUUGUUGCUGUUGCAUGGAUUUGAUGGAAAAACCAAUAACGAUACCAUGCACACACAGUUUCUGCUUGCCCUGUUUCAAGAAAUGGACAGGGCUGCAAGGAAAGAAAACUUGUGUAAAGUGUCGACAAAUAAUACCGAGGAGUAUGAUAUCUCAACCUCGUAUCAAUGUGUCAUUGGUGGCGGGCAUUCGAUUGAUCAAAUUGGAGCAAUCAAGUGGUUCGGCUGAGACCAAGAUUGUCCCAAAAUUUUUGCACAAUCAGGAUAGACCAGAUUCGGCCUACACAACUGAUAGAGCCAAACGGGCCGGGAAAGGAAAUGCCUCAAGCGGCAAAAUUUUGGUGACAAUUCCAUCGGACCAUUUUGGACCGAUUCUCGCCGAGCAUGAUCCCAUAUUUAAUACAGGGGUUUCGGUCGGUAGUGGUUGGGAGUUUAGGUUAGAAUGCAGGCAAUGGGGUAUUCAUUUCCCUCAUAUUGCUGGUAUAAGUGGAAAAGCCAAUUAUGGAGCACAAUCUGUGGUGCUUUCUGGGGGAUAUCUUGACGACGAGGAUCAUGGAGACUGGUUCCUUUAUACUGGAAGCGGUGGGAGGGAUCUAACUGGAAAUAAACGAACAAACAUGAUACAGUCCUCCGAUCAAACAUUCAAGAAUUCUAAUGAGGCAUUAAGGUUCAGCUGUAAAAAAGGCUAUCCUGUCCGAGUCGUUAGGUCUCAUAAAGAAAAACGUUCUUUAUUUGCUCCUCAAAUGGGACCUAAGGGACUGAGAUACGACGGGAUUUACAGGGUUGAGAAAUGCUGGCGAAAGAAGGGAACGCAGGUUUUCAAGGUCUGCCGGUACUUGUUUGUUAGAUGCGAUAACGAACCUGCACCAUGGUCAAGUGAUGGACGAGGAGAUGUGGUGAGGGCUCUCCCCGAUAUACCCGAGCUGGAAGAUGCUACUGAUGUCUUCGAGAGGAAAGAAAGCCCUAUGUGGGACUAUGAUAAUGAAGAUGGUAAAUGGAAGUGGACAAAACCUCCACCUGUUACCCAAAAGAAAUCUCCUUCUAAUGAAGGAAGUAAAGUUAAAGGUAAAGGUAAAGGUAAAAGAACUGCUGGUGGUCAGGCAAAGAAUAAGGAUAAGAAAGAGCUGUGUUGCCGUUUAUGUAAAGAGUUGAUGGUUUCUCCCGUGAUGACUCCUUGUUCUUGCACCUUCUGCAAAGGGUGUUUGGAAGAUAAGUUUUCUGGGAAGAAGUUCAUCAGAGAACGUUCAACUGCUAGUGGGCGUAGCCUUCGCACUCAGAAGACCGUAAUGAAGUGCCCCUCAUGUGGAAAUGACAUAGCUGAAUUCCUACAAAACCCAAGGGUUAAUAUGGAUCUUGAGGAGAUCAUUAAGACUCUCAAGUCAAAGGUUAAAGAUGAUAAUGUUAUUGAGGAACCUAUAGAGGCGGAAGAUGAGGAGGAGGAAGAUGAAGAGGAAGAGGAGGAGGAGGAACAAGAUGAAGAGGAAGAGGAGGAGGAAGAAGAAGAUGAAUCUGCUAUGGAGAAUGAUGUUGAGUGUGGAGAAGAUAACUCCGAAGCGCCAGCACCGAAACGGGCCAAGGUUGAAGAAGAAGAUGGAGAUGAGAAAACCAAACCCGAGGAAGAAACUAGGCAACAAAAUAUUUAG